UGCGCAUGCGCCACAUUUCUAGCAACAAAAAGCGUCCUCGGCAACCUGUGAUUUCUUCAAUAAAAUCCGAUUUUCUCGCGAAUUUAACCACUCGAUUUUGCAAAAUGCCCCCUAAGAAGAAAGGGAAAGGCAAGAAGGGUGGAAAGAAGAAGGGAAAGAAGAAGAAGAAGGAUGAUGCUGAACUUGAACUUGAAGAAAAGUUUAAGAAGACGGUGAAUGAGAUCACCGCCAUUAAGGAUCAGCUAGCGUUCCGACGCGAACUGACCCUACGUUCGAAGUCGGCGCGUGAAGACAUGAGGCUCCAGGUCGACGAGAUGAAAUCGACAUUGGAGGCACAGGAGGGUGACCAGAAAGCCGUCAGUGCGGACAUGACAAGGCAGUAUAAGACUAUGCAGACACAGAUGGGCCUGAUGGUUCAUCAGUUGGAAUCUGAGUUGGCUAUUACCAGGCGGCAGCUAGAACAUACUGAAGCUGAACUCAAAAAGACCAAGGAGGAGAAGGACAAGAUGCAGAAGGAUAAAGAUGCUGUGAUAGACGAGCUGCAGAUGAAAAUAGACAGUAUGGGGAUGUCUUAUGAAAGCAUUCUCCACGAAGCUAUGGACAAUUUAGCAAAUAAAAUCGAUCACGCUAAGGAGAAAUGGGAACACGAAUCGACGUUGAUUCAGGCCCGGAAUAAACAAGUGUUGUUAGAGUUUGGCUUGAAUCCGUUGGACUUAUAGGCAGUGGAACGAGUCGUCCUUAACAACGUCCUAAUCAUAAACGAAAGAACUAGAGAUUUAUCGCAUUUCCUGAAAAUUUUGUAAUGUUUGUGUGUGAGAUGAGAGAGCUGUUGUCUUAAAAUCACCAGCGUCCGCCAGCCCAGCCAGUGGCCAUCUUGGAUUGGGCUUGGAGGAAAAUAUUGGGCUCCCAGUUACUAGGCACUUGUGAUUUUAGACAACAUCUCCCUUAUCUUACUCCCAAACGUCGUGGGUUAAAUGGUCUAGCUAUUUCAUUUAUGACAACUGAAUUUCAUUACCUGUCGGAUGCGGCAAAUGUCUUUGCAUAAAAUGGUUGUAUUUUCAUCAUUUCUACAUUUGUAUUAAUGAGGUUUGUAUGUUUGGGUUGGGCUGUUUGGUGAGAGGUGUUUAAGGGAGAAAAAAGUCAUAUGUUAUCCGUCCAUGUUGGGCUGGGGCAUUCCAACACAGGUUCCAUUAACAAUGGAAAUGGGGAGAAAACUUGUAAAUACAGUAGAACCUCUCUAUUAAGGACACCCUCCGGACUGAAAAAUACUGUCCCUUAUAGAGAGGUGUCCUGAUUCGAGGAUGUCCUUAAUAGAGAGGGUGUCCAUAUAAGAGAGGUACUGGAAAUUCCCUCAAAAUUUAUAUUUUGUUUAAAACAAUUUCAUUUUGAAAUUCCUCUGUUAUCAUGAUAAAAAGAGAGAACUCUGUUGGAUGGACAUAGCACUGCUGUUGAUUAAACCAACCUUUUUUUUUGUGAGAAUGUAUUAUUUAUUUAACUGUCGGAUACUUUACAAAAAAUAUGCCUGUUGUCACCUAGGAAAAUAAAAUUCUUCGGUGUAA